CUCACCACAUAUAACUUCUUUCCAUGUAAACUUGAUGAGAACCCUUUCUUUUCUUCUCUCUUCUCUUCUCUUGUUUGUAUGCAGAUAAUCAAAUCAAAGAGAAUCGAUCAGUCAUGGAAGAUUCCCACCAGUCUCUCUCCAUAGAGAGCUUCUCAUACAGUUGGUCAGUAAACACAAAACCAUCUAAUUUUGAUAGCAUGGAGGAAUAUGAAGAAGAAGCCGCCUUCAUUGAGAUGGAUCCCUCACUUUCUCCUUCAAAAAGAUUCUCUAACGUUAAUCCACAAGAUUUCAUCAACUUCAAUUUUCCAAUAUCAGAUCAGUCUCCAUCUGAUCAAGAACUCAUCUCCAGUACUACUGUCUCCAUAAUGAAAAAUAUAGAGCCUUCAUCUCUAAAUUCUUCAGUUACCAAGAAAGAAGUGCAUACUUCCUCUAGGAGAGGACUUGGGAUUUUUCAAAAGUUGUUAGAUUUUCUGAAGCCUUUGUGCCAGAAAAUAAGAUGUGCUAAUUUUGGGUGCAAAAGUAAUAGUAGUAUAAGUACAAGAUCUGUAGAGGGAAUUAUGUAUAAUAAGAACUGGGAAAGUUCUCAAGGGACAUCUGUAACUCCAAGGACAAGCAUAGCUAAUUAUUCUGAAGAUGAUUGGCGCAGGUCUUGUGAUUCUGAGAGCUCCAUUUAUGAGGCUGUUCUACAUUGCAAAAGAACUAUUAAUGGUGACGAGUAAUUAAUGAAGCUUCAGCACUACGAGAAAAAGAAAGAAAUGCAAAGUCUACUUAAAUGAUACGUAGGUGAUAGAAGAAAGAAAAAGAAGGAAAAAGAUGAUGAGAGGUGUGAAGUGAAGAUAUUCACAAAUAUAUUGUGGCCAUAUAGAUUGAUUGUCCCUUUGUGUUCUUGUCUACUCCAAGAAAGGCCAAGGGAAAUUCUUGGAAUUUUGGAGGAGACAAAGAAUCUACGUGACUCACAUUGUUUGUCCUUGUGUUUUCCCUUUUUUCUCAAGAAAGAAUCACUUUCAAGUUGGAAAUGUCUUGGUUUGUGCUUUGUAAAGUCAUAUGUAAUGAUAUCUUUAUACUCCCACUUUUCAA